AUCUGUCCGCUUUGCAUUCUUGCUUGCUUUUUUUGUUGUGACCGUCCACCGUCUCUAAGCAACAGUGUACACAAACCAUGGCGGAAGACAAGGAUUUUGCAGAGGCUGCAGUGUCCGAGGUGCAUAAAAAAAUCAGUGACGCCUUUAACCUAUUUGACGAUGAGUCCAAUAAGACAGUGGAUGUCAGAGAGAUCGGUACCAUCAUACGAUCGCUUGGCUGCUUUCCAACUGAGGCAGAACUGCAUGAGAUCAUCACAGAGAUUGAGGAGGAGGAGCUGACAGGAUUUAUACGCUUUGAGAAAUUCCUCCCAGUUAUGACCAAGGUGCUGAUGGAGCGCAAGUUCCGUCCCAUCCCAGAGGAGCUUCUUCUGCAGGCCUUCGAGGUCUUAGAUCAGGAGAAAAAAGGUUACUUGGAACCAGAAGAGCUUAAAAAAUUCAUGACCCAGGAAGGAGAGCCCUUCUCCCACGACGAGAUGGAGGAAAUGCUGUCGGCCGCGGUGGAUCCCGACAAGAACGUCGUCUUCUACAAGGACUUUGUGGCCAUGAUGACCGUCAGAGACCAGUGAUGAUUGCCAGCACCCCCCUCCCCCCUCCCCCCACACCCAUGAAAACAAAGGGGAAAAAGACAUAGCCAAAAGAGAUAGCCAACCUCCCUUUCCCCCCUGUACUCAUAGGACCCAUAGGACCUGUGUCCAGCAUGACACGGUGCACGUUGAUAUUCAUACGUUUACCCCAAUGGGGUUGCUCAUGGCCUUUUGUCCGAUGUACACAUAAAGAUUUGAUGGUGCUGCCUGUAUGCAAUACUGAUGCUCCCUCAGCAAUCUUUUGCUGCAUGAUGGCCUUUCAGUGAAAGCAGGUCUUUGUCAGAUGAGUGGCACUUGGCCUGAAAUGUCUUAUAAUAAAAGUUCCUGAGGGCAUCCAUGGAGUACCUACAGUGUACAUUUUCAUUUGCACCAGUAGAGAGCGAGCUCAAAUAGCCAGAGCAAUGUACAUGUUUCUCAGAGUUCACUUAGGUGUGGUUGUCAGUCUAAAAAGUGCAGUGACAGCCUUAUGUAAAAGAAAAGGCUAAGCCAUCCCUAAAAUGCUUUUAGACACUAAUGACAUUUAAAAAAAUGAACAGAAACACUAGAACCAAAGUAUGGGAUUUGUUAAGGUCCUUCUUUAUCCUUUAGUUUCUUUUACACAUUUAUGAUUAAAAAUAUAUUUUUUAUGUUUUAUGUGUUGCCAAAUACUUUUUAUAUAAAGAACCUCUUGUUCAACCUGGAUUGGAAAAUUUAGAUGUUUUGUUUACUCAUCUGUCAUUCUUGUGUUUAGCUGUUCUGCAAAAAUAAAUGCUUAAAAUGAAUUA